AUGGCCGGCAGGGGAAUGAAGAGCCUCAGCGAGGCCAUGCGAGGCCUGAGUCUCGCUGCACAGCCAUGCAGGAGACUGCCGGUCCGGCAAGCUUCCGUGCCGUGCGGGAGGACCAUGGCGACCGCAGUUGAAUCACAGCCUGCUAAUAUUACACGUUCCGUCUCCGAGGCGUGGAAUUCCUCAACCACCGUGCCGCUGACCAUCUACUCCUUCCCUUCGCUCGAACCGCGCUCUCUCGAGUCUUGGUCCGCAAAGCAUCUCCACCUCCCCCUGCGCCGCGAUAUCCUCCACUUGGCCGUGGUGUACGAAGGAGACAAGACACGGCAGGGAACGGCGUCGUCAAAGACCCGCUACGAGGUUCACGGCUCACACCGAAAGAUGCGUCCGCAAAAAGGCAGCGGCCGCGCCCGUCUCGGCACCAAGCAGUCCCCAUUGAUGAAGGGCGGCGGCAAGACGUUCGGCCCCAAGCCGCGCGACUUUAGCACCAAGCUCAACCGCAAGGUGUACGACCUGGCCUGGCGCACCGCCCUUUCGUACCGGUACCGCCGCGGCGAGCUGAUCGUGACCGAGGACGGGCUGGAGCUGCCGCUGCCCGAGGACUUCCUCCAGCUGGCCGACGCCGGCGUCAUGGGCCGCGAGCUGGAGGACGGCUUCGUCCGCAGAUACGUGGGCGAGCUGAUGGCGUCGCUGCAGUGGGAUAAGGCCCACGGCCGGACCACCUUCAUCACCGGCGACAGGCGCCCGAACCUGUUCACGGGCAUGGAGAUUGCCGGCGAGAACGGCCGCGCCCUGGAGCUGGAGGAUGUCGAUGUCAAGGAUCUGCUGGAGACGGGCAGGAUCGUCAUCGAAAGGACCGCGCUGAGGGAGAUGAUCAAGGAACACUCGAGCGAUCUCGUGUCGCGCGUCGUCGUGAAAGGGCUGAAUACCAAGCCAACAUUGGGGCAAGUGCUUGUUCCGUAA